AUGUCUGUCAACGAGAUCGCCGUCGUAUCGCCUGCCGACUUUCAUGUACACUUGAGGCAGGGGUCUCUGUCUGAACUCGUCACGCCUCAUGUGCGCAAGGGCGGAUUCAGACUGGCCUAUGUCAUGCCGAAUCUGACGCCCCCCAUCACCACUACGGACCAAGCCCUAGAGUACAAGAAGAAGCUUCAGGCCAUUGACUCCGAUGUUGAAUAUAUGAUGACUCUGUACCUAUCGCCCAAACUUACACCGGACGAGAUUCGCAAGGCUCAUGAGGCGGGAAUUGCCGGUGUCAAGUCAUACCCUAAGGGUGUGACUACGAACUCUGACGGUGGCAUCGAAUCAUAUGAGAUUUACUAUCCCGUUUUCGAGGCCAUGGAAGAGGUCGAUAUGGUCCUGAACCUACACGGCGAGGUCCCUUCAGACGCGGCGGCGAACAUCCAUGUCCUCAACGCCGAACCGACCUUCCUUCCGCAUCUGAAGAAACUACAUGAGCGGUUCCCGCGGUUGCGCAUCGUCCUGGAGCACGCUACGACCCGGGCGGCCGUCGAAGCUGUGAAGUCGCUUGGCGAUACAGUUGCUUGUACUAUCACUGCACACCAUCUCGCGCUUACCGUGGAUGACUGGGCCGGUCAAUCGUUCCACUUCUGCAAGCCUGUUGCAAAAUACCCAGAUGACCGUGAAGCCUUACGAGAGAUUAUCCGCGAAGGCCAUCCACGGUUUUUCCUUGGCUCAGACUCUGCGCCACACCCAGCCCACAAGAAAGCCAUCGCGGCGCCUGAUCAUGGCUGUGCCGCCGGCGUCUACACAUCAGCAGUCCUGCUUCCUCUGACGGCACACCUCUUAGAGUCCUUCGGCGCCCUCGACAAGCUUGAAGGCUUCGUGUCUACAUUCGGACGUCGGUUCUAUAAGCGUGAAAUCACGUCUUCCGAAGAAAAAGUCAAGCUCAGGAGGGCGGCGCAGACUGUACGGGCCGACUUUGUAUCUGGGGAUGAUAGGGUCGUGCCUUUCUGGGCCGGAAGAGAACUGGAUUGGAGUAUUGUAUGA